GAUCCAUCUGCAGCAAUGAACGCGGCCAACUCCCUCGCUUCUUCUGUUUCGCUUGAAGAUCACAGCAACCACGCCGGCAGCGAUUCAGACACCAGCGUCGAUGAGGUACCGGAGUAUUACCAGCCGAUCUCGCACGCCGACGAGAAUGACGAAGAAGAGGAAGACGAAUCUGCCGACCAUGCGAAUCACGCCCCUAAUUCGGGAAUCCUCGAGAACGGCCAUUGUUUCGCUCACGAAGCGCAGAGCUGGAUCUCAUCUCUCCAUCUCAACGGCGUGAAGAGCGACGAAGACGACGAAAAUCAAGUGGUGGAGGAGGAGGGAGAGAUGGAGAUGGUGGUGGCAGAGUCGUCCAAUUCGACGGUGGUUCAAGCUAUCAGGGAAGACGAGAACCGACGGAAUGCGCCGUUGACACCGGAGAACGCUACUAGAGUCAUGGAGGCAAUGCGUGGGAUCUCCUUCGUAGGUUCAGCUCCUGAUUGGGCCGGAGAAAUUCCUGAAACUCAGUGGAUUGAUCGCCUCAGACGGAUUAGGCAGAUGCCGCAACCUUGAAAUGUAGAGUAGAAUGCCCUAAUUUCUGAUCUAGGGUUCUAGUCUCGCAUUGAUAUAGUGUGUGAUUGAAGCAUGAAAGGGAUUGUUCUUAUUUUCUGGUUUUCUGUUCUCGCAAUCUCAGUCAAUACAAUCUUAGCAUCAAUAUAUAAAUUAUUGUUCCAGUAUACACCAUAGAACCAUACCAGCAUUCUGUAACAAACAUGAACAAUGGCUGCAUCGAAGUUCUAUCUCUCUCUUACUACAAACUGGACUUAUGUUAUGGCGCCGAUUUAAAGAACGAACUUCCAAGACUCAGCUCCGCGAUUCUUGGCUUGAUUGUUAGGAUAGACUAUGCACGAAAUUUGGGCACUCUUGCUUGCUGAUCAUGCACCAAUGUUCUCAAUCUCAGCGCCUCUAUCCAUCCUCUUCACUAUUCCAGCAAUAACCUUUCCGGGGCCUAAUUCGUAGCUCUUCUUCAGCCCUUUGGAUAGAAGAGUCUUCACAGUGGUUUCCCAUUGAACAGGGGAAGUCAC